UCUCAACCAACCAACCAAGUACAAAAACUGAUACCGGCACAAAGGAGAAAUACUCCGCAGAAGCCCCAGGGCAUUUAGAAGGAGAAGCAGAGAGACACGCUGAACGCCUCAGUCAGUUCGCAAUAAAGGGAAAGUAGAGAGGGAACAGCCAACGGAUCCGGAGGAGGACAGACACUGAAACACAUUCACAUUGUCACAAGAGACAGCAGGGGACCAACACAGGCAUCUGUUGUGCUCUGGAGGACACGCAUGGUGGUUUGCGGUCAGGACGCUGCGAAAGAUGGAACGCUGACAACCUGGCAGUUCCAAAAAAAAAUGAAGUUUUGACAACAUUUUUUCCAUGCGGAGGAUUCCCCUCUAAAGGACCUAAACGUGGAUGUGAUUUCAUUGUCUCUGUAGACUGAGCAGCUCGUGGUGAGGACCAGGGACCCUCUGGGUGAAAAGGAGGCAUGUUUGUGUGACUGAUUUUCUUUUUUCUUUUUUCGGAGUAAGUACAACUCAAGCUGGAAGAAGUUGUGGGGUGCAAGCGGGUAGAGAGACAGGGCAGGGGGAGGGGAAGACACUCCAGCCUGGAUCUCUGUCCUCUGGGAGGGGUCCUUUCAACUUGAGGUAACCCCCAAAAUAACUGCAACAAGAGAGGGGAGGGGAUCGCCAUGUGCAGCCGUCCUCUCUAACAUGGGCAGCUGUGUUGGAGGGAAAGAUUUGAGUCUUUCGGCGUGCCCUGGUGUUGGACUGUUCUUUCCUUUGCUUUUCACAUAUGGACAGUUCAUUGUUGCUUUUAUCGUGUAGCUAUUGCAUAACAGACAGCCUGCGUGUCUACACUCUUUGUCUGUCAUAAUGAACAACACCACAGACAUAAACUGCACCAAGAAUGAUGGGUUCAAAUACCCACUGUACAGCACAGUCUUCAGCAUCGUGUUCGUGAUCGGACUCAUCACCAACGUCGUGGCCAUUUACAUCUUCACCUGCUCCUUGAAGCUGAGGAACGAGACCACGACCUACAUGAUGAACCUGGUGGUGUCGGACCUGCUGUUUGUCUUCACGCUGCCGCUGAGAGUCUUCUACUUCAUCAACCAGAGCUGGCCUUUCGGAGGCAUGCUCUGCAAGGUGUCCGUCUCGCUCUUCUACACCAACAUGUACGGCAGCAUUCUCUUCCUCACCUGCAUCAGCGUGGAUCGCUUUUUGGCCAUUGUGCACCCUUUCCGAUCGCGGGCGGUCAGGACAAAGCGAAAUGCUAAAAUCGUGUGUGUUGCCGUAUGGGUGCUGGUGCUGGCCGGGAGUCUCCCCACUGGGUUCCUGCUGAACAGCACCACGACCAGCAAGGAUAACGCCACCUCGUGCUUCGAGAACUUUUCAUCCAAACAGUGGAAAUCUCACCUGUCAAAAGUGGUGAUCUUCAUAGAGACAGUGGGCUUCCUCAUCCCACUGCUGCUGAAUGUGUUUUGCUCCAUCAUGGUGUUGCAGACACUGCGCCGCCCCCAGACGGUCAGUCGCGGGGGGAAGCUGAACAAAACAAAGAUCCUGCGCAUGAUAGUUGUGCACCUCUGCAUUUUUUGUUUCUGCUUCAUCCCCUACAACGUGAACCUGGUUUUCUACUCCCUGGUCCGCACCAAAACGUUAGAAGGCUGCUCCGUGGAGUCGGUGGUUCGAACCAUCUACCCUAUAGCCCUCUGCAUUGCUGUAUCCAACUGCUGCUUCGAUCCCAUUGUUUACUACUUCACCUCGGAGACCAUCCAGAACUCCAUCAAGAGGAAGUCUCAGGCCAACAGCAAAUGCGACGUCAAGUUCUCGGAGGCCCUGCAGUCAGAAUCCAGCUCCAAUCUCCAGUGCAGCCUGAGGACUCUCAAAGCUAAAGUGUUCCACGGUGACGCUUCUGUGUGACACCCGUCCAUCCACGUAUGACUUUGAGACAGUGGAUUUUCCCUCGGUCUCCAUCUCAGGGCACAAACGUCGAGGCGCCCCGUCCGCUUUGCAGUAUCACCACACGACCCUUUGUUCACGUCGGUGGAUUUGUUAUUACUGCUUACUAAUUUCCCUUUCCCGCGGAAUACACUGUAAUUGUGUCGAGCACGAUUACCCUGCCAGUGACCUGGAAGGGAAUGUGAUCAGAGAACAGCAGGACAGUUAUGAUAUUGACUGCCUCAUGUGCCUGUAUAUCUGUGCAUUGUCAUGGUAAGUUGUGGUGCUAACUUUAGAAUAUAUCUGUUAAAUUAACGUAAAGUUAUAUCAGAUUCUAGAUGUACAGUGCUUCUUUUUUUUUGAAGAAAAACGUUGUUAACUAUACACAGGUCCCAGAAGUGCCUUUCUUUUUGUCUUGUUCUUUUUUGUUCUGGUGUCAUUUCAUUGUAGACGCUGUGUCUUUAUUGACAUUUAAAUGCACUGACAGUUCCUCCUGCUGCACUCAUGCCAUAGUCAUGAAUAAAAGUCUUGUAUUGUGGAAAGCAA